AUGACCACCGUCCUCUUCCUCCUCCUAGCCACCACCAAAACCCCCUUGGCCCUCCAAGAAUUGGAGGCAAUUCAAGCCCUAACUCUAGAUUCAAAGAGUUGGGUUCAAUUUUAUGCUACUAAAUUACGUGACUCAAACCAAAAUGGUCAAGUGGGUGUGGCUCUAAGUGACUGUGCUAGAUUCUAUGAUGAAAAUGAGUACAUGUUAGGGACAUUGCUUGGGGGAGGAGACUACACGAGCGACGAUGCUCGAACGUGGCUAAGUGGUGUGCUAACCAACCAUAGGACUUGCUUGGAUGGUCUUGAUGACAGAGGGUUUGAUCAAAGGUUUGAAGGGGCAAAGAACUUGACUGUGUUGCUUGGUGAAGCCCUAGCCCUGUCUGAUGCCAUUGCCAAUAAUGCCCAAACGAGGGGAUUACCACUGCCACCAGACCAAAAUUCUGGUCCUCUUCUAACGUCUUGGAAUCCAAGCACAUCCAAGGCAAACUUCAUAGUGGCAAAGGAUGGUUCAGGGACUCACAAUACAAUCAACGACGUCGUGAAUGCGGUCGUGGGGAUGGGCAAAAUGAGAGAGCAAAGAGUAGUAAUCUACGUGAAAGCAGGAGUGUACAAAGAGAAAGUUGAAAUUGACAUGUACACCAGAAACAUAAUGUUGGUCGGAGAUGGAAUUGAUAGAACAAUCGUCACCGGCAACCGGAAUUAUAUCGAUGGAUAUUCCACAACAAACUCAGCAACAUUUGGGGUAUCUGGAAAUGGAUUUUGGGCUCGAGACAUUACAUUCGAGAACACAGCAGGUCCAGAGAAAGACCAAGCAGUGGCUCUAAGGGUGAGUUCGGACCGCGCUGUGUUCUACCGAUGUAGUUUCAAGGGCUAUCAAGACACUCUCUACGUCCUCUCACAACGACAAUUCUUCCGCGACUGUCACAUAUAUGGUACAAUUGAUUUCAUAUUUGGCAAUGCACAAGUAGUGUUUCAAAAUUGUGACAUUUUCGUUAGAAGGCCAUUGAGCCACCAAUCCAACAUGGUCACAGCGCAAGGAAGACAGGCUGCUAACGAAGAUACAGGGAUUUCAAUACUAGAAUCCCGCGUUAGGCCUGCACCGGAAUUUGUUGGGGUCAAGAAUUCUUUCAAGAGUUACUUAGGCAGGCCGUGGAAGCAGUAUUCACGGACAGUUUUUAUGAAGACUGACCUUGACGGGCUAAUUGAUCCAGAAGGGUGGAGAGAAUGGCGUGGCAAUUUUGCUCUAUCGACAUUGUUUUACGCAGAGUAUAUGAACAUAGGGGCGGGUGCUUCUACUGCGGGAAGGGUGAGAUGGCCUGGUUAUCAUGUGCUGAAUAGUCCUCAAGAGGCUAUUCCUUUUACAGUUAAAGGGUUUAUACAAGGGGACUUGUGGAUUCCACAAACUGGUGUGCCUUUCAAUCAAGGUAUUUAA